GCAGACCAGUAAUGAUUGUAGUUGAAUACAUGGAGAAUGGAUCCCUUGACUCCUUUCUGCGGAAGCAUGAUGGUCACUUCACAGUCAUCCAGCUGGUUGGCAUGCUGCGGGGGAUUGCAUCUGGCAUGAAGUACCUCUCAGACAUGGGCUAUGUACACCGUGAUCUGGCAGCCCGUAAUAUUCUGGUCAACAGUAACCUCAUGUGUAAAGUCUCCGAUUUUGGUUUGUCACGAGUGUUAGAGGAUGACCCUGAAGCUGCUUACACAACAAGCCCAACAUUUUGUUCCUGCAGCUUAGGCGGAAAAAUCCCCAUACGGUGGACCGCUCCUGAAGCUAUAGCUUACCGGAAGUUCUCUUCAGCGAGUGAUGCGUGGAGCUAUGGGAUUGUAAUGUGGGAGGUGAUGUCCUACGGUGAGAGACCAUACUGGGAGAUGUCCAACCAGGAUGUUAUACUGUCUAUUGAAGAAGGCUACAGGCUUCCAGCUCCCAUGGGCUGCCCAGCUUCUCUUCACCAACUAAUGCUUCACUGCUGGCAAAAGGAGAGAAACCACCGUCCAAAAUUUAGUGACAUUGUCAACUUCCUGGACAAACUGAUCCGCAAUCCCAGCACCCUGCAUACCCUAGUGGAAGAUGUACUUGUAAUGCCAGAUUCACCAGGUGAAGUUCCAGAAUAUCCUUUGUUUGUUUCAGUUAGUGACUGGCUGGACUCCAUAAAAAUGGGUCAGUAUAAAAAUAACUUCAUGGCAGCAGGUUUCACAACUUUGGAUAUGGUCUCAAGAAUGAGUAUUGA